AUGGGGUCCGUCGAUCCAACGACGGCUUCUCCUGACCACUACUCCAAGUUCGCGUCUCUUGGUCUCCCGAAAACUGCUGAACAAUGGCUUGCUCGUGGCCGAGAGGUUGCACAAAUUCUCGCCGUCGACGCGGCCCAAAGGGACAUUGAGAACAGAUCUCCCGUCAAAGAGGUCAAGCUCCUCAAAGCUGCCGGUCUCACCAAGGUUCUCGGACCCAAGGAGUAUGGAGGUGGAGGGCAAGACUGGUCAGUGGGGUACAAGUUGAUCCGAGAAGUCGCAAAGGGUGACGGAUCACUUGGCAUGCUCCUGGGCUAUCACCUUCUCUGGUCCACGACAGCCAACGUGGUCGGUACCGACGAGCAGAAGCACCGGACCCAGAAACUCAUUCUCGAGAACGACUGGUUCAUCGGUGGGGCAGUCAACCCGCGCAACGCCGACUUGAAGAUCACGUCCGACGGCGACGAGAUUGUGUUCAACGGGCACAAGAACUUCAACACGGGCGGCGUCAUCUCUGACGCGACGAUACUCGAGGGCGUCCUCGAAGGCACCGACCAACACAUCUUUGCCCUCGUCCCGACCAGGCAGCCUGGCAUCCAGUUCGGCCACGACUGGGACAAUGUCGGCAUGCGGCUGACCGAGUCCGGCAGCGUGCGCAUCGACAACGUCCGCGCACCGUGGACCGACGCCCUCGGCUGGGACGCGCAGACCAAGAAGCCCAUCGACGCGGUCCUUAAGAUCCCGUUUGCGUCGCUUCUCCUGCCCACAAUCCAGCUGGUCUUCUCCAACUUCUACCUGGGCAUAGGGCUCGGGGCGCUCGACGAGGCACGGAAGUGGACGACGACAAAGACCCGCGCGUGGCCCUUUGGCGGAGACAACAAGGAGCGCGCCACCGACGAGUUCUACAUCCUGUCUCGCUACGGGAGCUUCUUCGCGCACCUGCGGGCCGCUGAAGCGCUUGCGGAUCGCGCCGGCGACGAAAUCUCUUCCCUGUACGCCGACCACGGGGAGAAGAGAGACGUGAGCGCCGAACGGAGAGGCGAGGUGGCCGAGUGGGUUGCCAGCAUCAAGGUGGUGGCGACCGACGAAGCCCUCAAGGUCGCCGCGGGCAUCUUCGAGGUCACGGGUGCCAGCGCAACCGUGCGGAAGGUCGGACUGGACCGGUUCUGGCGAGAUGUCAGGACGCACUCGUUGCAUGACCCAGUCGCAUACAAGGAGCGAGAACUCGGUAGAUAUUUCUUGCUCGGCGAGGCCCCAGAGCCAACCUGGUAUACUUGA